AAACCAUCCAACACCACCAACCACCAGCGCAGCGCUCUCCGCGGGCCGGCGGGGCGGGCGCGGGGCGGCGCUGCUCGGCUCGGCUCGGCUCGGCUCGGCUCGGCUCGGCUCGGCUCGGCUCGGCUCGGCGCGGCGCGGCGCGGCACGGCUCGGCUCGGCUGCCCCUGCGCGGGCCCCGGCGCGGAGCCGGAGUUACAUUGUUGGAGUUUGCCACAACUCCGCGGCCUCGGCUGCGCGGGGCCGCCGCUGCGGGGCCGCUGCGGGGCCGCAGCUUCCCCGCUGCCUCCUCCUCCUCUUCCUCCUCCUCCCUCCCUCCUCCUCCUCCUCCUCCCCGUGGGUGUUUUUUUUUUUCUCCCCUCCUCCCCUCUCCCCCCGCGCUGAUUUCCCUCCCCUCCGCCCGCCCUGCCUGUGUGUUUUCGCCGCCGCGCUCGCCGAGCCCCUUGGCAUGAGUUAAGCACCAGCCAUGGACACCAAACACUUCCUGCCGCUGGAUUUCUCCAACCAGGUGAAUUCCACGUCCCUGAACUCCCCCACCAGCCGGGGGCCCAUGGCCACCCCGUCCCUGCACCCGUCCAUCGGGCCGGGCAUCGGCUCCUCGCUGGGCUCCCCGGGCCAGCUGCACUCGCCCAUCAGCACCCUCAGCUCGCCCAUCAACGGCAUGGGCCCCCCCUUCUCCGUCAUCAGCUCCCCCAUGGGCCCACACUCGAUGUCUGUCCCCUCCACGCCCAGCCUGGGGUUCGGCACCAGCAGCCCGCAGCUCAACUCGCCCAUGAACUCCGUCACCAGCACAGAAGACAUCAAGCCACCCCUGGGGCUCAAUGGAGUCCUCAAAGUGCCAGCACAUCCCUCAGGAACGAUGGCCUCCUUCACCAAGCACAUAUGUGCCAUCUGUGGGGACAGAUCUUCGGGUAAACAUUACGGGGUUUACAGCUGUGAGGGCUGCAAAGGCUUCUUCAAGCGCACGGUGCGGAAGGACCUGACCUACACGUGCCGGGACAACAAGGACUGCCUGAUCGACAAGCGCCAGCGCAACCGCUGCCAGUACUGCCGCUACCAGAAGUGUCUGGCCAUGGGCAUGAAGAGAGAAGCCGUGCAGGAGGAGAGGCAGCGGGGCAAGGACCGCAACGAGAACGAGGUGGAGUCCACGAGCAGCGCCAACGAGGACAUGCCUGUGGAGAAGAUCCUGGAGGCCGAGCUCGCCGUGGAGCCAAAGACAGAGACCUACAUCGAGGCAAACAUGGGCCUGACCCCCAGCUCGCCCAAUGACCCGGUGACAAACAUCUGCCAGGCAGCAGACAAACAGCUCUUCACCCUGGUGGAGUGGGCCAAGAGGAUCCCCCAUUUCUCUGAGCUGCCCCUGGAUGACCAGGUCAUCUUGCUCAGAGCAGGGUGGAACGAGCUGCUAAUUGCCUCCUUCUCCCACCGCUCCAUAGCCGUGAAGGACGGGAUCCUGCUGGCCACGGGGCUGCACGUGCACCGGAACAGCGCGCACAGCGCCGGCGUCGGGGCCAUCUUCGACAGAGUACUGACAGAACUGGUGUCCAAAAUGAGGGACAUGCUGAUGGACAAGACAGAGCUGGGCUGCCUGCGAGCCAUUGUCCUCUUCAACCCCGACUCCAAGGGGCUGUCGAACCCGGCGGAGGUGGAGGCGCUGCGGGAGAAGGUGUACGCGUCGCUAGAGGCUUACUGCAAACACAAAUACCCCGACCAGCCCGGCAGGUUUGCCAAGCUCCUGCUCCGCCUCCCAGCCCUGCGAUCCAUCGGCCUGAAAUGCCUGGAGCACCUCUUCUUCUUCAAGCUAAUAGGCGACACGCCCAUCGACACCUUCCUGAUGGAAAUGCUGGAAGCGCCGCACCAAAUGACUUAAAAACUCUGCUGGGUCAGUCCCUCGCCCGGCCGGGCUCCCUCGGGGCCCUUCCUCUGCUUUCCUCGGCCCCAGCCCGUCCCUCCCUGCUGUCCUGGAGGCACCGUCUGCUCCGGGGGACCCUCCUGGUCAUCCUGCCCUCCCUGUGCGUUCGCUGUCACUGCUGCGUCUCCAGACCUGCCCGCUGGUUCCCUGUGCUUCUUGUAGAGGAGUGGGAGCGGAGAGAGCUUUGCCAACCCCUGCCCCCCGCCGUGCCAUGAGGUUUGGGAUGAGCCACCACGGGCUGGUGUCACCUGCCAGCCCUCUCCCCCUGGGGACAAGGACGGUGCCAGCCCUCGGGGCAGUGGGGGUUCGGACGAGCCGAGGGGAGUGGUUGGACUCUGCCAGAUUUGCAGCUGGGCUAUUUUCAGAGGAUGGAGUUUUUUGGAAAAAAAAAAAAAGAAAAAAAAAAGAGAAGAAGAAGACAAAAAAGAAAAAAAAAAAAGAAAAAAAAAAGAAAUAAUUUCUAUUUUUGGUUUCUAACUAUUCUUAGUAGUCUCGGUAGUUACUUUGCGGAGGGAGAGGCCGUGCCCCCUGAGUGAGUCACCCGUGGCUGCACACAGGAGCCUUCUCCUUCCACUUCAGAGCAUUUGGGAUUGAGCUGAAUCCCCCAAAACACGGUGGCAGUGGCACAGGAAAUGCCCUUUGGCCACCCCGGAGGGUGCCCGGGCAUCGCUGCCCACCCCAGAGCUGUGGACAUGAGCCAGCUGCAGCGCUUGCUUUAAGGCUGCCAGGGACUCCCCAUGGCCCUUCCCCAGCUCCCGGGGGUUUGCUGGGAGCCCUGCCCUCAGCACGGCAUCCCAGUCCAUCCCAGUCCAUCCCAGUCCAUCCCAGUGCUGCCCCAGCACCCACCGUGACCCCGCUCUGGAGUUUUGGGGCUCACCCAGUAGCUGCUCCUGUUCUUUCAGCCCUGCAAAACACUGCAAGGCAACAAUUAGUGGGAGUGCUCGGCCAGGCUGGUUAAUUGCGGCUGUUAAUUAGUGCUGAAGCAAGAACAGGGCUGUCCCCUGCCCUGGAUCUGCCCCGUGGGGGUGGGAGGGCCGGGCUGGGUGGGGGAUGUGGCAGCAGCACCAUCCCUGUCCUCCCCGGGAUUCUGAGAGCACCAAAAGCACCUUGGCUUUUGCACAACCCUUCCCUUCAGUCUUGGUGACAGGAUUUUGGGGUUAGGGACAGGAAUGUGCCCACACCCCACAGGAUGGGGUUCCCCCAGGAAUGUGUGGCCAGCGAGGGAACCAUCCCCCUUCCCCUCCCUCCUCAUCUGGUGUCUCCUGUGCCCCACAAAAACACGAGUUGGAGAGAAAACAAAGCAGAGGGAAUGAUGAGGGAUCUUGGGAAGGGUUUUCUUCCCCCCUUGUGCUGGGAGCUGAGGAGGAGGUGCUUCCCCACCACUUCCAUGUGCUCUGUGCUUUAAAAAGCAAAGGAUGAGUCCCCAAAAUCCCUUCUUGCUCCCCGUGGUUUGCAGCUGGUUGAAAACUCCUCCUUUGUUCCUGGAGGGGGAUGGAGCAGCACCCACCACCUCACUCCCACUCUGUUUUGGAGGGGACACCGUUGCCCCCUGCCUGUUGCCAUCCCAGCUCCAUCCCCUGCAGCUCCAAAAUACAAAAACCUCUCGGGAUUUGGGGUGGCAGCUCCCCCUGGGGCUGGCCCGGCGCGGCGAACCGGCAGAGGCAGGCAGAGCGCCUUGGCUCUGCUUCCCCAGCAGCCUGCAAGCCACUGAAAAUAUUAUUAAACAGCUUCACCCUGCAAGAAUUUGCCAAGAAAACGAGGCAGGAGAAAUGAAAUCUGGCGAGGGUGCCAGGAAACACGAGCAGGCUGUUCCCUGCCAGGAGGAGGCUGGCACAGCCCCAGGGCGGGCAGGGAGGUGGCAGAGCCCAGAGCCCCCAGCCCUGGGCAGAAAGGAGCCUGGGACUUGCUUGGCACAGAGGAAAAGCUUUGGGGAAGUUGGUGGAUGUUGCACUAGGAUAAACCCGCUGGUCUCUGGUGGGUUGAGCCACUUUUUUCCUGGGGGAUGGCUGGGGAGGAAAUCUUGGGUGCUGUGGUGGCUGCAGGGUGGCACAGUGGGAGAUCCCAUCCCAUUAUCCCAUCCCAUUAUCCCAUCCCAGUCUUAUCCCAUCUCAUUUCAUCUCAUCCCAUCCUGUCCUGUCCAUCUCAUUUCAUCCCAUCCCUUUCCAUUCUGUCACGUUUCAUCAUCCCAUCCCAUCCCAUCCCAUCCCGUCCCGUCCCGUCCCGUCCCGUCCCGUCCCGUCCCGUCCCAUCCCAUCCCAUCCCAUCCCAUCCCAUCCCAUCCUUAUCCCAUUUUACUUCAUCCCAUCCUUUUCCAUUCUGUCACGUUCCAUCAUCUUCCAUCCCCUUUUUUCCCAUCUGUCCUCAUGCUACCCUGUCCCAUUUCAUCCCAUCCCAUCCCCUUUAGUAUCUGACCUUACAAAGCCAAGGGGGAGGCUCUGCAGGCCCCAAGCUCCAGGUCAGGCUCAUCCCCGUGCCUCAGUUUCCCUGCUGGAGCAGCACAGCCUCAAUCCAUGCCCGUGGUGGAGGGGAUUUUGGGAAAGGCUGAGCCUUGUCCUGGGGAUUUAAUCUCAGCUGGUGAAAGGGAAUUGGGGUUCCCUGAGCCUCCAAAGCCCAGCCCAGCCCCUCCAUGGUCACCCCAGCCCUUCCCGUGGGAAGGAGAAGCUUUUGUGUGUUGGGAAGAGCCAGAGCAGCCUUAAAGCAACGAGCUUUGCAUGAGUUUGAGUCUUUCCUUUGUGUUCUUUUCACUUUGGGCUUUUUUUUGUUGUUGUUGUUGUUGUCCUCAUCAUGAUAAGGCAGAGUGUGGAGAGGUGAGCGUGGCUGAAGGAAAACAAAAGGCACAUUAUUCCCUGGAGAGGUAGGACGUGGAUGUCACCAGCUCUCAGUGCUCCUGCAAAAAUCUCCUCAGAUUCGGGUGAUCUGUUUUUAAUGCUUCUUUUAAUUCCUUUUUUGUUGGUGGGACAAUCUUUAAUUUUCUAAAGAUAGCACAAACAUCAGCCUUCCAGCCACCUGCUGCACCCCUGGCUGCGUGUUCCACCCACCCCACACCAGUCCAGCACAUCCCAAACCCCUCCCUGGCAACCCCGAGCUUCCCUGGGCACUGGAGCUGCCCAGGAGUGCCCCGGGGGCCCUUGGGGUGGGGGAAAUGCUGAGCCCUGGCCUUGCUGACCCCUGCACUGGGAACAGCCCUGGGCUGGGCUGCUGACCCCAAAACCACGCUGGGCUGCUGACCCCAAAGUCAGGAUGGGCUGCUGACCAUGAAACCAUGCUGGGCUGCUGACCCCAAAGCCAGGCUGGGCUGCUGACCCCAAAGCCGGGAUGGGCUGCUGACCCCAAAAGCAGGCUGGCAAAACUGGCUGGGGAGCUGACCCCAAAACCACACAGGGCUGCUGACCCCAAAAGCAGUCUGGGCUGCUGAUCCCAAGAGAAAGCUGGGGAUCUGAUCCCAAAGCCAGGCUAGGGAGCUGCUGAUCCCAAAAGCAGACUGAGGAGCUGCUGACCCCAUCAGUGCAAGCUGGGGAGAUGACCCUAAAAGCACCUGGGGAGCUGAUCCCAAAAGCAGGCUGGGGAGCUGUGCUGUCCCCAAAAGCAGCUGGGGAGCUGAUCCCAAAAGCAGCAGGGGAUCUGUGCUGUCCCAUGGGUGCUGGCACAGGAGCUGUGCUGUCCCUUGGGUGCGGGUGGCUCUCCGGGUGUCCCUGUGUGUCCCUGUGUGUCCGUGUAUGUACUGUAGAUAUCGACACUGUAUAAUACCCCACUCACAUAUACACUUAGAGAACUGUAGCAAUUACAGAAUUUCCUGGCUUUUUGUGGUUUAAGUCAAUUUUUUUUAUUUUUUUUUAAUUUUUUUUGGUUUAUUUUUCCCCUCUCCUCGCUUUUUUUUUUUUUUUCCCCCCCGUGUUUUGCGUCCAUUGUAUCUGAAUCCCUUUCCGAAUUGGCAGAUGCCAAAUCUGGAUUUUUAUUCCUCGAGACAAAGGAACUGCAUCUAUUUUAAGAUGCCUUUUUGUUUUGUUUUUCUUCUUUUUGUUUCCUUUUUCUUGUUUUGUUUUGUUUUGUUUUCAUUCUUUUAAGCAGGUGGUUUGGAGUAAAGAAUAGCUUUAGCAAUUCCCAAUACUUAGUGAUGGAUGCCUUGGCUAUGGGAUACAUAGAUUAAAAAAAUGACAUUAAAAUUUAGAAUGACAAAAAAAAAAAAGAUAAAAGAUAAGGAAAAAAUAUCUAAAGCAUCAAUAAAGUUAAAAAUCUAUUUUUGUACAAAUGUAAUUUUAUCCCUUACUGUAUCCUUGGAUAUUUUCUUUCCUGGAUUGUUUUGUUUCUUCUACAGAGAUUGUUAUAAACUCUCUCUAUUUUUUCUCUCUUUCUCUCUGUAAAUGUUCAGCCACAGGGAUCUGGAGAAGAGGGAGAAACUUCUGACUGUGUUUUAAAGGCUUUAUAUGAAAUCUCUUUUGAAAUAAUUUUUUUGAAUGAACUUUUUAUUUUUUUUUUCCCCCCCACUUCCAAAAUCUUUUUGGGGAUGGGAGGGGGGUGGGAGGGAGGGGGAGGGCUGGCCUGGGGGUGUCUUUUGUCACGUAUCUCUGGCGUUCCUGCAGGUCUGUUUUACUGUGAAAUCACUACCGUAUAUUAUUAUUCACUUCAAAAACAACAAAAAUGGUUACAAAAAAAAAAAAAGAAAAUUAAAAAAAAAAAGAAAGAACUGCUGCUGGAAACGCCAGUAUUUUGAGAACAAUUGUAUUAGAAUUGUGGAAAAAAAUGAGAAGGAAAAAAAAAGAGAAAAAGAAAAAAGGAGAAAUAAAAAAGAAAAUAUAUGAGCAUUUUAAAAUAUAAGCCAGUCCAAGUCCUGGUUUGUGCUUA